AUGGCCUCUGUCGCACGGUUUCUGGGCCGCUCGGCCUUCUCUUUUGCCCGGAGACGCCCAGUGGCUAUCCAAUCCCGGUCGUUCGCCGUCACGCCCUUGAGGUUCUUGCCGGAAGACCCGCCAGUCCCUCAGGAGCGAGAGCUUUCGCCGGAGGACUAUCCUGAUAUGCCCGACUACUCGCCAGAUAUGCUCAGCAAGGAGGAGCGCUCGAUGUAUGACAUGCUGUCUCCUGAGGAGCGGGAGCUUUUUGACGCCGAGCAACGCCGCCUGGUCCAGGAAUUCAACGACCAUUCGAAGCGAGCCGCCGCAUUUGCGGAGAUCGACAAGAGCGUGCGCGACCUGGAGAAGGAGGUAGGGCUGCGAUUCGAGGAUUUACCGGAGAAGAACAAGGGAUUCUGGGCCGAAGAAGAAGACGAUGAAUUCGCUCUCGUCGAGGACGGCGACGAGGAUUUCCACGACGACGAAAUCACCUCCAUGGCCCAUGCGGAAGUUGAACUGCACCGCGAGAUCCGUGAAUAUGCUCGCAUUACAGCUUGGGAUAUGCCAUUAUUGAGCAAACUCGCCCAACCAUUCACCCUCCCUCCUGAAACUCACAUCCUUCGUUUCCGCUACACUACGUACAUGGGUGAACAACAUCCGGCCGAGGCCAAAGUUGUCGUCGAAGUGGCCAGCAAAGAUCUGGUCCCCAAGCACCUCUCCGAGGCCCAGCGCCAGACCUUCCUCAAACUCGUCGGACCCCGCUACAACCCCGACACGGACAUUGUACGAAUGUCCUGCGAGAAAUUCACCACCCGCGCCGAGAACAAGCGAUACCUAGGUGAUCUCAUCAACACCCUGGUCAAGGAAGCUAAGGAAGGGGACUCCUUCGCCGACAUCCCCCUUGACCUUCGCCAUCACAAGCCCAAGCGCCAGCUCCGCUUCCCCGAAUCCUGGGUGAUGACAGAGGAGCGGAAGAAGCAGCUCGCCGCCAGACGGAGGGAGAGACUGGCUCGCGAGCAAGAACGACAGUCGAUCGUGGACGGCAACGCGGUCGUUGCCCUGGCCAGCCGAUCCUUGCCAUCCCUGAAUCCCGCCUUGAGCGCUAGGGCCGCUGAGGAGCGGGAGAAGGUCGCCGUCAAGCUCUCAGGCAAGGGAAUGAAGAAGAGGGUACGCUAA